AGGGUUUCAGAGACAAUUAACAUGCUGUGCAGUGCAGACAAGUAUUACUGAGCUUUAAUAGAUUGUAAACUACAAAAUAUUUUAAUGAAAUGCAUGAAUGAAUGUCACCAUGCUCCAUGAUUUGGAUAACCUACCUACAGAUCAUUUGCAUCGGUAGCACCUCGUUUAGCAGUUGCAGAAUUACAGGCAUAUCCAGUUUUCAUAGAUCGCUUCCAUUUCAGAAAGGUUAUAUAUUUAUUGCACCCACAAUGUAUGACACUGAUAUUAGGACAUUGGAAACCAACAGUCAUGAAAAAGGAGAAAGAAAACCAGUAUAUGGAUCUGCCCUCACACAAAUCAAAGAAGAGACCGAAUACAUAAAAAAGAUGAGAACUACGCUACAGGAAGUUCGACAGCAGAUGUUUACAGUUGAAGAUGGAGUGACUCACAGCCCAUCAACUCGAGAGAGAAAGCCACCAAUGAUAGAGUCAUCUGAUAUAAAUGAAUCUGAUCCGUGUAUGGCUGAACUGUGUUCCAAGUAUCACCAGAUCCUGGACCAGAUUAAAGCAAAGGAUGCUGAGCUUUGUGCUAUUCUACAGGAAAACAAAGAACUGGCCACAAAGUUGGAGGCCACUCAGGAAGCAGGUGCUGCAGCUCUUCGGAAUGCCUCACAGAAACUCUACAAGCAUUAUCAAAAGCAGAUGGAUGAACUAAAACAGCGGCAUGAGCAAGAGAAGCAGAGACUGCAGGCUUUUGCUGAGGAGCAGGAGAAAAAUUUGGAAAAAAGUCUGGAAAAUUUCAAUAACCUGGAGUUGAAGCUUCAGCAGAAACAGAACAGAGCGAUAGAGCUGGAAAGGCGAAUAGAAAGGAUGGAAAAGGAGAAGAAAGAGUUAAUGAAAAGGAAGCAGUUUGUCGAGAAAGAGAUGGAAUGCAAGAAGUAUACUUCUAUGGAUGUUCCAGACAGCGCAAGGGGGUUUCAGAAGCUUCAACUGGAGUCUUCCACGCUACAGGAAAAAAUCUUUCACCUCAACAAUGUCGUCACACAACAACAUCGAAAUCUGCACAGUGCAAUAAACACGAUUGAAAACUUAAAAAUGGAGUUGGAAAAACAGGAUAAAAUUGUAUUGAGACUGAAGGAACAAGUAGGCAUACUUGAAGCAGAGAACAAUCGACUGAAGUAUAAAGCUGAAGUUUACUCUGAAAAACAAAAGGAAAGUAAUUCACCAGCAUCCUCCGCCAGACCUCUUCCCAAAAUCACUUAUGAAUCAAGUAGAAACAAAACCCCUUACCAAAUGCUAAUGAAUUGGAAAAAGACAAGUGCCUGACAAUGGAUUAGCCGGCUCUUUAUUGCAGUGCAUUUUCCACAGAAGAAUCCUUAAAGGAGAGAGUCCGUGCCUCUGCACACACCUGCCUGCCAGCUUCUCAGGGACCAGUUAAUUUGGAAAUUGCCAGAGGAUAAAGUGCGAAAUCACAUUUGUCUGAAACUGGACGUGCAUAGGAAAUUUAAAGACCUAUUGAGCUCUGUGGUUUGUGAAAUGCAAUAUCUGUCAAGAAAUGAAGUGAUAUGGAAGAAAAAUAUUGAGGGAAACAUGCAGGUAAUCAAAUGAAAAUGCCUCAGAAGCACAGGACUAUAUAACUUACAUGCAACUUUUGUACAAACGCAGCUCUGGAAAUAGUUUCACCACAGUGAGCAUUUAAAAUGCCUAAAUAAUAUGCUACCUAUUGCUUUACAGAACACUUGGCUGUUCUGUAGGAAGAGUACACAGGUUAAAUCAUUGCUAUGUGCUCAUCUUAAUUAUGAGCUGAGAAAAUGAACUCCAUUAAGUGUGUACAAACUAAUUUGCUUGUCAUAAAUAAAUCUAUUUAACUGUU